CCCAGAUGAAGACCCCAGUAAAAGGCAGAUAGAUAGUAGUAAACUGUUACAACUUUGAGCGAGAGGGGCUGUUUAUCCACACUUUGCUAGAACAAUAUCACGUCCGUUUUGACCGCUCGCUUUUCCACCAAAAACAACGGGAUGGUGUAAAUGUCCAGCCGAGAGAAGACGUUUAAUAUCCGCAUCCCGCGAGCGACUUCACUUCCAGCAAGUUUACUUGGGCAUUUUCUGGAGACUCUGCAUGUUGGUGCUUGGAGCUGACUUUCUGCAGACUGCUUCAUAGAGAGGAACAUCCUUGUGAGGAGCAGGAGAAAAGGCCUGUUUGCCCACCUUCCUCAUACUGGAAACGACAGGAUGGCUAGGAGAUUCCCCAUUCCCUUGUUACUUCUGGCAAUAUGCUGCUUGGCAUCUGCAGGGCCAGUGUUUCGCAGCCCGUGUGAGUUGCUGCCGGUGGGGACGGGACACCCAGUGCAGGCCACACUGAAGAGCUACACCGCCCUGUCAGGCUGUGCAAGCAGAGGCACCACCAGCCUGCCCCAGGAGGUCCACAUCAUCAACCUGAGAGGACAUGUUCCACAGGGACCAGACAGCAACCCAGCGGAAGUUGAGCUGCAUCUGAAGCCCAUCCAGUCUCUGCAGCGCCACCAGAAGCCACUGGUCUUCGUGCUCAAUUCCCCCCAUCCGCUGAUAUGGAAGAUCAAGACAGAGAACCUGGCCCUGGGCGUUAAACGUACCUUUCAUGUAUCUGAGGGCUCAGAGGUCCACUUCCAGCCUGGAAACUUCUCCCUUUCCUGCCACAUCCAGAAGGAGGCAUUUUCCCAUGGCAAUGAGCAUCUCCUGAACUGGGCCCAGAAGAAGUACAGAGCCGUCACCUCUUUCUCUGAGCUCAGGAUGACUCAAGACAUCUACAUCAAAGUCGGAGAAGAUCCACUGUUUUCUGACACUUGCAAGAUUGAUACCAAGUUCCUGUCUCUGAACUACCUGGGCGGCUACGUGGAGCCACAGACAUCAAAGGGUUGUGUGCUGUCUGGACCCGACAAAGACCAAGAGGUCCACAUCAUUGAGCUGCAAGCCCCCAACUCCAGCAGUGCUUUCCAGGUGGAUGUCAUAGUGGAUCUACGGCCUCUGGACGACGAUGCCCCGCUGCAUCGUAACGUCAUCUUGCUGCUCAAGUGCGCCAAGUCCGUGAACUGGGUCAUCAAGGCCCACAGCGUGAUCGGAAACCUGGUUGUAGUGGCCUCUGAUACCGUGAGUGUUAGUUUCAAUACACAAAAACUGAUGCAGGUGUCAAAAUCCCCGAAGGAGAACUUGCCAUUGGGGUCACAAGCCUUGAUCAAGUGGGCGGGGGACCAUGGCUACGGUCCUGUCACAUCUUACACCAGCACUCCCGUUGCUAACCACUUCACUAUCCGACUUAGAGAGCGAGAUGUGGUGGAUCCUCUGGAGAGCAUGUUGCUUCCAGAGCUCUCCAUCCUGCGUGACUCCAGUCCUCAUGCGAGGCCGGGAGCUGCUUCCCGGCGCUCCAGCCUGCCCUUCCACUUCCCCCCGCCUCAGCCCGACGGCCUGCCCCCCUCCAUCAAUGAGCGGCCUUGGGAGAACGGAGAGCCCGAGGACCAUCAUGAAGUUCUGAACGUGGGCCUCAGCGUGCAGUGUGAGGCCACGAGGAUGGUGGUCAGCAUCGAAAAAGAAAGCCUGCAAGCGAAUGGGUUUGCUCAUGCCAACCUCACGCUCCAAGAUCCAGCAUGCAAAGCAACAGUGAAUGCCACCCACUACACCCUGGAAACUCCUCUGACUGGCUGCCUGACCACUGUAUAUCCCAUGCAGGGCAGCCCAAUGGCCCUCCACAUCAACUCUGUUCUGAUAAGUCAUGCUGAGACCAAGGAUGGGAGUGGUGGUCCGCUGGAUUAUGAGGAUCUAGAAGCAGGAGAAAUGCUGUUCCCAAGAGACCCGGUGGAGUUAGACAGAAGGUUUACGGAACCCACAGAGCACCAGUCCGUCAUCGGGUUCAAUUGCACGUACAGAAAGAACCAGGAAAGUUCGGCAACACUUCCCAGGAUUGUACCGGGACCAGGGAGGCACCCAGUGAGCAACAUGACAUUUAAAAUGGAGUUGUACAACAAACUGCCGAUCCUCAACCCCUCACGCCAGGCCUUCUACACUGUUUCACAAAAGCAGCAAGUCUUUGUGGAGGUCACAUCGGCCGCCACAGAUCCUGAGCUGGGGUUCACCAUCGUAACCUGUGCCAUCUCUCCCAACUCCGACCCCACGGUGCCCUCAGACUACACCCUCAUUGAGACAGUGUGCCCCAAAGACGACUCCGUCACCUACUACCCUCAGAGUGUCCCCCACACACAGGCGGAGAAGCAAAGUUUCAGCUUCACCUUCAACUCUCAGUUCAACCUGUCCCUGCUCUUCCUGCACUGCGAUAUGUCUCUGUGCUCCAAGAGUUCUCAGAGCAACCAAAGAAUGCCUCCGUGCUUACAACCGAGUGACACCUGCGAUUCUCCUUCUGUGGAAAAUAUCAUGUCGAUGAUAAUGCACAGCAAGACGUCCACAAAGCCGCUGGUCGUGGUGGAUGGAUCUGGUCCGUCAGAAGAACCAACUUCUUCUGAAACACCACCGUAUCCUGAUGAUGAUAACGCGCCAUACGUGCUGGACACCCCCACAGUGGUGGGGAUCGCCUUCGCAGCCUUCGUGAUUGGGGCUCUGUUGACCGGAGCCCUGUGGUUUAUCUACUCACACACAGGUGAGACAGCUGGCAGGCAGCAGGUCCAGAAGCCCCUCCCGGCCUCAGAGAACAGCAGCCCGGGCCACAGUGUGGGCAGCACCCAGAGCACGCCCUGCUCCAGCAGCAGCACGGCGUAGCCCCGACCCGGACCCCUGCCCGGACCCCUGCCCAGGCCCCAAGGUUCACAGGGACCGCUUUGUUCUACUCCUUCCAUGAAAGGAAUUAUUAGGGGAAUGUUAAAGGUCACACAAAAACACACAAAAACACCUUUGGUCCUGUAAAUUCCUUUUGUGCCAGACUAAUAAACUGUCCUGGUGUUACUGCUGUGUAAAAGUAGUGACCUUGGCAGCCUCAACUCAUAUUUAGUACAGGAAAAUACCUUUAUGCAAGGCAUUUCAUUCCAAUCCUAAUGCUGUUCUUUUCUGAGCAAAAGCCUUUUGUUUUGGCCUUAAAUGGUGAGGUGUAGGCUGUCUGUAAUGAGCAGGUGUACUGCAACAGCAAGGAAAGCAACCAGGCUGCAGUGAUGUCAGUAUUAGUACGUGAGAUGUUAAUGGCUGGACUGUUACACUUCACAACACGCAACCCUAAAGGUGGCGAAGCAACCACUAUUAACAUGCGGACAAAAGUGCAGUAUGACAUAAGUCGUCAUCUUGACCGAGAGAUGGCUUUUAGAAGAUGCAAGAUAGAUAUUGAAUGUAUGCAGAAGAGUAUUCGCCAAAAAAUGUGAAAGAACAAUGUGAAAGACAUGCUGAUAGAAUGCCACAUUUUGUAAUAACUCUUCCCUUAUAAUGGAUUUAUACACGCAGGUUGGCAAAACAUAUUUCACCAGUGCCUUUUUCUAUGUGGUAAUACUAGUACUGCAUUUCAGUUGAGUCCAUUCUUUUACAGAGUUUCACAGGGGCAUUAUGGGUUCCCUUUUUUUGGUCAUUGUUAAUGGAAUAGUUUCACAUUUUGGGAAUUCCUUUAUUUGCUUGCCAUCCAAAAGUUAGACCCUCGGUCUCCUAAAAGUUACGUUACAAUAUGAUAUGUCAAAUACGUUUCGAUGUCAUUUGUGUCCGACGUAGCGUAAUCAUGUUUCAAAUGAAAGUCUGCGUAGAGUUCUGUGGGUAAAUAGGUCAAACACACUACUUACUACUGUACUACUAAACCAAAAGUCAAAUGUGCAUUUUAACGUACGUAUUCAGUAAGCUUGUGUGACAUACUUUAUUGAGGUCACGUAGGUCACUUUUCUAGGUAAAUGAAAUCUGAACCAUUAGCCUUUACUUUAAAUAUCCAAGUAGUUUGGAUUGCUACUUUUGUUUAAAUUUAAAUUUGUGUAAUUGCGACUGUAAUCCGGAAAAGAAAAUACAUAAUUGAAAAUGCAGUUGUCUUGUAUGGCAGCGUAAUCUUUAGGAGACAGGAUCAGAAGAUAUUUACCACUCUCAUGUCUGUGCUUUCAAUCCUGCACAACAUAGCAUAGCUCCCAAAAUGCUAACCUAUUCUCUAAGGACCUGUAUAUUUGUGUAAAUAUUGUAAAUACUCUCAAAUGUUAAGCGGUUAAGAGUGUGUGCAAAUUCUGUUCUUGUACUUUAAGAUUAGACCAGUUUAUCAGUGAAAGAUACAAGUUAAUACCAUGUAUCAUCUUAAAAGUGAUAAAAGAAGAAUCAUGAUGUUACAAAUCCAUUUCCCCAUGGACCCUUUUGAGGACAUUCACAAACACAGGAAUUCCUCACAAUUGCGAAACGGUAUAAAGUGAAAUAUUUGGCAUUUCUUUUUGAUAAAUAAUGAAAAGAUAAAUCCAGUAAAUGUUUCUCAGCGUAUCAGACAGUCAGAGCAGAUGACACUAUACAGCCACAGUGUGCAGUGUAGAUCUCUUCUCUCGGCACGGACUGUUAUAUAAGCUGCAGCUCAUUGUUAUGGACAUAUCUUUUAUUUUCUUCUUUUGUUUAAAGUGCAUCACCCGACUGCCCCCCCACCUCAGAAUAAUAUGAAUGUUUGCUGUAGUGCCUUCCACUAACCUGGGUGUGUUUCUCAGAGUGUGUGUGGGCCCUUUGAACUCCAGAACCAUGACAAGAAAAACAGAAUGUAUAUUAUCUCUAAGCUUUUUAUCUUAUGUAAACAUGUGUAAAGCUUUCUACAGAGGGAACAGAGUCUAAAUAUAUAUUUGUGUAUAAAAUUAUAUUUUGGAAUAUAUUUACCAAGAGAAACCUAUUGUCUUGUAUGUGUGUUACUGUACUGUGAACUGUGGAUAUGCUAAUACAAUACACACGUGUGUGUGUGAGGGGAUGUAUUCAUAGAGGCCUCAUGGCACGGCUUUCUGACACUUUAACUGAUGACAAUUAAAUAUGGAGAUACAAAAUGA